AUAAAAUUUUUAAUCAUGCAAACGUCAUAUUAUAAUGUACAAGACAGUUUUUUAAGAUUGAAGAAUAAAGGUGGAGGAGAAAAAGGAAAGCUUGUUACAUUUACUGUUGCAAUUCCCUUUUUCCCUUGUAAUGUCAGAUUUUUAGUUUUAUUAUCGUAGCUUUAGUAGUUCACAGCCACGCAAUGAUGACUCUUGACACUUGUGAACUGUGAGUGAAUAGCUGCAUACACAUUUCUUUUAUAUGUGUGUGUGUGUGUGUUGCUCUGCCAGCCUCACAGUCUGAAACCUGUGAAAUUGUGGAGUCCAAAGUGGCAAUGGAACCUAUUCUUGAUCAACAAUAGGUCAACUAAACCAAAACCAAGAAUUCUCUUCUCUUUUUCUGCUUUCAUUUCACAGCUAAAGAGAGGAAGUGAAGGGAGGAAUCAAGAAUGGGAACUAGCUCAGUUGUCAAGUUGUUGAGUUUGAUAUGCUUGGCGAUGUUUCAGCUGAUAAACUGUAGUGUGAGCUACGAUAGGAAGGCAAUUGUGAUUAAUGGCCAAAGGAGAAUCCUCUUCUCUGGUUCCAUUCAUUAUCCCAGAAGCACACCUGAUAUGUGGGAAGAUCUGAUACAGAAGGCUAAAGAUGGGGGAGUGGAUGUGAUUGAGACCUAUGUCUUCUGGAAUGUGCAUGAGCCUACUCAGGGAAAUUACGAUUUUGAAGGGAGAUAUGAUCUGGUGAGAUUCAUAAAGACAAUACACAAAGCAGGCCUCUAUGCUCAUCUUCGCAUUGGACCUUACGUUUGUGCAGAGUGGAACUUUGGAGGGUUUCCUGUUUGGUUAAAGUAUGUCCCAGGCAUCAGCUUUAGAACAGACAAUGAGCCUUUCAAGAGAGCAAUGCAAGGGUUCACUGAGAAGAUUGUGAGCUUGAUGAAGAGUGAAAACUUGUUCGAGUCCCAGGGUGGCCCCAUUAUACUCUCUCAGAUUGAGAAUGAGUAUGGGUCACAAAGUAAGUUACUUGGUGCUGCUGGUUAUAAUUACAUGACUUGGGCGGCAAAUAUGGCUGUUCAAACGGGAACUGGGGUCCCCUGGGUGAUGUGCAAAGAAGAAGAUGCCCCAGAUCCAAUUAUAAAUACAUGCAAUGGAUUUUAUUGUGAUUCAUUCUCCCCCAACAAACCAUACAAGCCCACAAUUUGGACUGAGGCUUGGAGUGGAUGGUUCACGGAAUUUGGUGGUCCAAUUCACCAGCGUCCAGUUCAGGAUUUGGCAUUUGCAGUUGCUCGAUUCGUACAGAAAGGAGGAUCCUUUGUUAAUUACUACAUGUAUCAUGGUGGGACUAAUUUUGGUCGCAGUGCUGGGGGUCCUUUCAUUACUACCAGUUAUGAUUAUGAUGCUCCAAUAGAUGAAUAUGGUUUGAUCAGGCAACCAAAGUAUGGUCAUUUAAAAGAGCUUCAUAGAUCUAUUAAGAUGUGCGAGCGAGCUUUAGUGUCAACUGAUCCUAUUGUGACAGAAUUAGGAAGCUCUCAACAGGCACAUUUGUACUCUUCAGAAUCACGAGAUUGUGCAGCUUUUCUUGCAAACUAUGAUACGCAAUCUGCUGCAAGGGUGUUGUUCAAUAACAUGCAUUAUAACUUGCCUCCUUGGUCCAUUAGCAUCCUUCCUGAUUGCAGAAAUGUGGUCUUUAAUACUGCAAAGGUGGGAGUUCAAACAUCUCAGAUGGAAAUGUUGCCGGCAAAUGCUGAGAUGCUUCCAUGGGAAAGUUAUGAUGAAGAUAUUUCUUCUACGGAUGACAGUUCAACAUUCACUGCUUUUGGUCUCUUGGAGCAGAUAAAUGUCACAAGAGAUGCUACUGAUUACUUGUGGUACAUCACUAGUGUUGAUAUUGGUUCAUCUGAGUCCUUUUUACAUGGAGGGGAACUUCCUACUCUCAUUGUUCGAUCAGCAGGCCAUGCUGUGCAUAUCUUCAUUAAUGGAGAGCUUUCAGGUUCUGCCUUUGGGACAAGGAAGAAUAGAAGGUUCACAUAUACUGGAAAGGUCAAUUUGCGUGCUGGAAAAAACAAAAUUGCAUUGCUGAGUGUCACUGUUGGAUUGCAGAAUGUGGGCGGACACUUUGAGACCUGGAACACAGGAAUCGUAGGUCCAGUUGCACUGCAUGGACUUGACCAGGGAAAAUGGGAUUUGUCCUGGCAAAAAUGGACAUACCAGGUUGGGCUGAAAGGGGAAGCCAUGAACCUAGUUUCUCCAAAUAGUGUUUCAUCUGUUGGUUGGAUGGAAGCAUCAUUAGUUGCAAAAAGACAGCAACCAUUAACAUGGCAUAAGGCCUAUUUCAAUGCACCCGAUGGGGAUGAGCCAUUGGCUUUGGACAUGGAGGGUAUGGGAAAGGGUCAAAUAUGGAUUAACGGCCAGAGUUUAGGGAGAUAUUGGACUGCAUAUGCUACUGGUAAUUGCAACAGAUGCAGCUAUGCAGGAACAUUCCAUCCUCCGAAGUGUCAGCUCGGGUGUGGCCAACCGACUCAGCGAUGGUACCACGUGCCUCGUUCGUGGUUGAAGCCAACCCAAAAUCUUUUGGUAGUUUUUGAGGAACUUGGAGGGAAUCCUUCUAGAAUUUCUCUUGUGAAAAGAUCAAUGACAAGUGUGUGCGCUGAGGUUGCUGAAGUUCAUCCAACUAUUAAGAAUUGGCACAUUGAGAGCUAUGGAAGAGCAGAAGAGUUACCCAGACCCAAGGUUCACCUUCGGUGUAGUCCAGGCCAAUCAAUUUCUUCCAUUAAAUUUGCAAGUUUUGGAACUCCUUUGGGAACUUGUGGGAGUUACCAGCAAGGACCUUGCCAUGCUUCCACUUCAUAUGAUAUCGUUGAGAAGAAAUGCAUAGGGAAGCAGAGAUGCACAGUCACUAUAUCCAACAGCAACUUUGGCCAAGAUCCAUGUCCAAAUGUUUUGAAGCGGCUGUCAGUUGAAGCUGUCUGUGCUCCAACAAAUUGGAGGGGUUAAUUAGAGAAAUAAAAUUGAGAAACUGCUAAUUUAUAUUGAUCCAGUAAUUUUACACAUUACCUGCAAGAGAAGCAAGGAAGCUGCAUACUAGGGGAAAGUCUAUAGAAAAAAAGCUUUUUAAUUAGAUAAGUGUAAUGCCAUAGCUUUCAAAAGUCAGAAAAGCUGUGGGUAGAUGUGUGUGGUACUCAAUUAGCUCUUCAUUUAAUUGGGUAAAUGUGCUGGUGUAAAUUUGUGGUUGUUAGAUAGGGGAGUUGGAAAAAUCCCUGGGUUUCUGCAAUUUAGGGACUCAGGUGAAUUUAAUGCCCCAGGCCCCAGCCCUUUUAACUGGAAGUGGGUACUGAGAAAAGAGGUGAAUUGAUAUUAUGUUUGUAAUAAAGGGGUUAAAAUCAAACCCCAAAUUUGUUCA